AGUUUUCAGGGCGUCCUUGAAAUUGAUGUGUACCCACAAGAGAAAGAUAGACAAGGCUUGUUAAUAUAUGUUGAAAGGGUCAUCCUAGGUUACGCAGAAUUGCCCACCGUUCUUGGCGUCUCCCCAUUACCCAGCCAAUCACAGCCAAGGACUCAGUGAUGCAGAGCCUCUCUCACUGGAGGGAUUCCUAGGAACUGCCGCGUGACGAUGCUGGCUUAAACAGCUCAGUCUGUCCUGUCUCUCCCACACAUCCCCCUUUCUUUCUCCGUCCCCAGGUUUUUUUUUUUCCUCUUGCCUCCAAGUCUUGCACGAGGUGCAUCCAUCGUCUGUUUGAACAGAAGAUAAUCUAGCGCCUUCCAACACUGCUCCCACAAGACUGGCUAUAUAGACAGCAGACAGUUAUCAUCCAGCCCUCCUUUUCUUCCCGGUGCUAAGCUCCACCUCUCACUUUCCCUAGCAGCUCUCACUCCAUCUUUCUCUCUUUCCCUCCCAGCAUCACACACACCAACCACACAUACACACACUCCUCAACACUCCAUAUGAGCCAGCCUUCCCGUCAAGGCGAGCAGAUUUGGAGCUGAAGGUGUGCUGCUAUUGCCGGUGAUCUGCCACUUUGAAGAAGAAAACAGGAAGAACCCUCCGUAGACAGAAGAUACAUGCCACAUCAAGCCUUCUCAGCGAAGGAAGAACUUGUCUGAACCUCUACCUGGGAUUGGGAAAAGGAUCCAGGAAAGACAGCGAGCUGCCAGCAUCCGCCUGGCUGUCCAGCAACGCCGCGAUGAAUGAGAGUCGAAGGGAAGCACUGGCAGCGGCGGCCCCGGCGCCCACCACCGCGUCCUCCUCCGUGGCUGGCACCAACACCACCAGUAUAGCCGGCCCAGGCGCCGGCGAGAAGGACGAAGCCUUUUCAAAGGUUAAGAACAAGUUCAUGAAUGAGCUCAACAAAAUUCCACUGCCGUCGUGGGCCAUUGUCUCCAUCGCCUUUGUGGCCAUUAUCCUGGUGUUGGCAUGCUGCUUCUGCAUCUGCAAAAAGUGGAUUUUCAAGAAGAAAAACAAAAAGAAGGGCAAAGACAAGGGCAAAAAUGCCAUCAACAUGAAGGACGUCAAGGACGGUGCCAAAACUGAGGCCUUGAAGGAUGAGGAGGAUGCCGAGACAGGGCUGACUGAAACGGAGAAAGAGGCUGAGCCCAAGGAGAGCGAGAAACUGGGCAAAUUACAGUACUCCCUGGAUUACAAUUUCACAGAGAAUACGCUCAUAGUGGGGAUCAUUCAGGCAGCAGAGCUGCCAGCUAUGGACAUGGGUGGCACCUCUGACCCCUACGUGAAAGUCUACCUGCUGCCUGACAAGAAGAAGAAAUUCGAAACCAAAGUCCACAGGAAGACCCUGAACCCCGUCUUCAACGAGCAGUUCACCUUUAAGGUCCCCUACGUAGAGCUCGGUGGAAAGACGCUGGUGAUGACGGUGUACGACUUCGACCGCUUCUCCAAGCACGACGCCAUCGGCGACAUCAAGGUGCCCAUGAACAAAGUGGACUUCAGCCACGUAACGGAGGAGUGGCGAGACCUGCAGAGCGCGGAGAAGGAGGAGCAAGAGAAGCUGGGUGACAUCUGCUUCUCCCUGCGAUACGUUCCCACCGCCGGCAAGCUGACCGUGGUCGUUCUUGAGGCCAAAAACCUGAAGAAAAUGGACGUGGGCGGCCUGUCAGAUCCAUAUGUGAAGAUCCACCUGAUGCAAAACGGCAAGAGGCUGAAGAAGAAGAAGACGACAAUCAAGAAGAACACCCUGAACCCUUACUACAACGAGUCCUUUAGCUUCGAAGUCCCGUUUGAACAAAUCCAGAAAGUGCAAAUUGUUAUAACUGUUCUGGACUAUGACAAGAUCGGUAAGAACGAUGCCAUCGGCAAGGUAUUUGUGGGGCUGAACAGCUCGGGCACGGAGCUGCGCCACUGGUCCGACAUGCUGGCCAACCCCAGGAGACCCAUCGCCCAGUGGCACGUGCUGAAGCCUGAGGAGGAGGUGGACGCUCAGCUCUCCGUCAAGAAAUAGGCAGGGCCCCUUUCAGCAGCCUGCCUUGUAGUACUCUUUAGCCAGUAUGUGUAAAUACCUCAGUGAUAUAUGGGUCCAUCCAUGUUAGCCCACCCGUCUCCGCUUCCUGAUUUCAGAACCGACUCCCCAGACAUGCUCUGUACUUUUUCUGUCCGGUUUGAUUCCGUUCCUCUAUGAUUUCCUCUCGGAGCCCUUAACAACCAAAAGCCCCCUUCUUUUAAGCAAUAUGAUCUGUAUAGAUAGCGCAUGACUGAAAGAGUUUAUUGUACCACAGUUGUAUAUAUAAGUAAAAAUGAUUUCUAGUUUACGUGUUUAUAUGUUGUUACCGUUUCCUAAUCUGUGUAUAUCUCAAUGUUUUUAAUAAGAUGUUCUAUUUUAAAUUAUGUAAAUGCAGAUAUAGAGGAAAGCCAAUAUUAUAUAUCCCAGGAUUUAAGAAUUGUACCUUAUUACCUUAUUGCAUUCCAGAAAAUUCAGUGGAGCUUAAAGGACGACGUCCGGGCUUUGAGUUCAAUCAUUGUAGAAAAGACGGACUCUAUUCAGGCAAAACCCGAAAAAGAGGACGAGGCCAUUAACUGCUAUGGUUCUGUGGGGAAGUGACACAAGCACACGCUUUCUUACCGUGUUUUCUACGUAGAGGACAGGCGGUCAGCGCUUCAUUUCUUCAUGUUUCGGAGGGCCUCGAUCAAAAUAAAAGUGACCCGAUGUUUGGGGGGAAAAAAAGCACCAAGUUGUAGCCAUUGUGUCCUUAAACUCGAUCUUUUGUUGGUCCGAUCUGAGCAGUUUAAAGCCUUUUCUUUUAUGAUUUUAAGGGAGAUCUGCCUUCAGUCGGAGAAAGAAACAUUUCCUUGACGGAGCUUCUAAACACUGCCAUUUUCAGGGAGCUGUCGCGCACACUCCCGCUUGCUAGCGGUCGUAGCUUUUGGUUUAUCGGGAACAAUGUCUUUGGCUGCAGUGGUGCCCUGAAUCGCAGUCUUUGCUUUGCGUUGCCUUUCCACAGUGACAAUAGAGCUAGCCAUGUUUUACUGCCAGUUUCAACUUUUCAUGUGGCUGCUGUUUUGCACUGGAUGUCUUUGAAUUCUUUACCGAGCAUUUGCUGACGAUUGUCCGCCAGGGAUCCUCCGGCCGCGCGAAGAUAAAAAAGAAAAAAAGCAAUGACAAUUCGGCGCAGAAUAACCGUAAAAGUUAAUGGUCUGCGAUUCAGUGUCUUUUACUACGGGUCCAAUUAGAAGAAUCCAUGAACCUCUUGCGUAUACUCGAUGCUAGCUUCAGGAGGACUUUCUAAGUGUUUUUCAAUGUUAUUGUGUUGUUGAUAGCACUAUUAUGAAAAAGCUACUUGUCAUUCCAUAGGAGUCUGAGGACUGCUUUGUGUAUCACUGUGACUGCCGUGUGUGCUUCGAGACGUAGAUUAUCAGUAGGUAGCGAGUUUGUUCCGUAGUGAUGUCGUAGCGUUUACUGCCAUCCCCCCUUCUACACGCAGCCAAGAGAGGAAAAGUAUCCCAGCAGGUUCGCUUCACACAGCAUUUUGUUGAGCACUGUGCAAUACUCGUAUGUCCAUCCCAUAGUGUUGGCGUGGGUGGCGUCGCCCCAGGAAGUCUCCAGAGGACGGUUAGGACAACAGCACACGUAGAUUCCGUUUAUGGGUUUCGUUUUCUCCAACAGUUCCAGCAUCAGACGCUUCAGGGAGUCUUCGUUUAAACAAAAACAGAUCAACGUCCCCUUAAAGAUGUAAAUACUUUGGAAAUAAAUGCGGAUAGAAUAAAUAUAUCUCAUCCAUUUUACUCUCAUUUACGAUUCAGAGCGCUUUUAUAUCCGAGACGAAACUCUGAAUGUACAGUACGGACUGUGUUGGUGUAGAUUUCUUUAACCGUGAGAUGCUUAGUCGUACUUUGGGUUUUUGUUGUUUGAGAAGUAUCUUUGGUCAUUUUGUUCCUAUUUUCCAGGUAUUUGUCACAACCCCUUUGGUAGGGUUCAUUAUGCUUUCAGAGCCUCCGCUCGUUCCACCCGUAGGUCCAACAACUCCUGAACAGCUUCAGAUUUCAAUGAAGAGCGGCGGAAACGAAGUGUCUGGGGAUCCGGUGACGGGCAGCCCUGCAGAACACAUCGGAUCAGGAGGUGUGUGUCUAAAAAAAAAAAACUACAAAGCCAUUAUCUGCCUGCAGUGCUGCCCUCAUCACCGUUUCCCGCCAAAGUGUGCAGGAAAUUUUUACAAUCGAGCUCUCUGUGCGACAAGAUUCUCUCCAACGAAAAGCCACACUGACCUUUCAAAAGCAAAGCUGUGUAAGUAUUAGAAUCUGAUGCUGUAGAAAGAUCCUAGUUGCCUUUGUGUAUAUCAACUGCCUGCUUGAGUAUUUUGUGUGUGGAAGUUUUCUCUGUAAUCUUGUAGAACUGUUGGGGUGUUUUUUCCUGCCAUAUCGCUCGCAGCGACAGCGGGCCGCUGACAAGUUAUAUUUGCUGUGUAUACCUUCAUUUUUGAUGAGGUGUUUUACAGUUUUCGUUUCACUUUGUGUAGUGAUUCACUCUGUGGAGUUUUCUGACUGUUGUUAUAUAACUUCAUAUACACAAAUGAUCAAUAAAAAUGUUUUAUUUCCUGUUGAUACAGAA